AUGGCAAUAAAAAAUAAGAGAAUUAAAAAAAAAAAAUCGCAAAUUAAUGGAAUUUUAAAAAAAAAGAAAGUAAAUUUUAUAAAUGAAAAAGAAAAUGAUUUGAGUGACAAUCCGUUUAUGCAAAAGGAAGAAAUUAAACCAUUUAACUUAAAGAUAGAACAUGAAGCAAGUGAAGAUGAAGUUCAAAUAGAUAAAUUUAAAGAAUUACUAAAAAGAAGAAUAAAACAGAUAAAUAAAAUAGUAGAAAAAAAUAAGAAAAAUUUUGAAACAAAUAAAAUGUACGGGGAUGAUAUAGAAAAAUCAGGGAAAAGUUGGUACGAAGACAAAUUAGUUAAUGAUGUUCCAAGGAAGUUAACAAUUAUUUGA